AUGGAUACAAUUGAGAUUAGGGAAACGGUUAAAACAGCAUCGAUCUUUGAUCGAAGUCAUAAUACAUAUUUUUUGAAUCAUCGUUUAACCACUACUCCAACUCCACUUUUGUCCCUUCCAAGCCAUAAUGAAGAACCACAACAACAACAAGUCGAAAAGCUACUCUCGUCAUCGUCGUCACUUGAUUUACCCAGCACGUUAAGCGACCUGAAUGCCAACUCCAAUGUGUUGCAUGAGGCCGUAGUGAAGAAAUUCAAUCGCACCAGCAGCGGCAAACUUUACGAGAAGGAUAUAAAAGACAUAUUUGCAAUGUUGAUCGUUUCAUUGCAACUUUCAAAGAGCCUGUCAAGUUCUGCCAAGAACAAAAGCACUUUGCUGCCACUUUUGAAAUUCAGACUCAUCCCCAAGGGUAAGAAAUAUCCUUACUCAUUCCAGCUUUUGAAUGCAAUUGAUCAGAUGACUCAUCUUCGCGUUGAAAUUGAUUUGUCCAAUAUCGUCACUUGCUUGUCGUAUAGCUUCCAACCAGAAAUUGCAUCAACAUUAAUUAACCAAUUCUUCAAAGCUAAAUUUUUGCAUUCGCCUGCCGAUAGGACCAGGUCUGUGCCAAAGCAUGAUGUUUGGUUACAACCUACGCCUAAAGGAUUGUCUAUUGUACAAUCGUUUUGUGAAAAAGUAGGCAUGAAGAAACUGAAUAUGCCUGACAUCUUACUACAAAAUUCGUACAACUCAAUGCAUUUGUUUUAUUUUGAUCGCGAUCCUGUUACUGAUGAGGUGAUUUAUUCCCGGAGUCUAAUAAAUCUACUAUUCACAAGACUAUUGGGUCCAAUUCCAAAUAUAUGGUCGCCCAUGAACAAGCCAGAUCCCAUUCCUAGCGUGAUAAAAAGAAGCGAUGAAGUUUUUGGCAAGGGAGUUGAAGUGGUCUCUCACGGUAAAGCUGGCAAAAAAGAGGGUCUUUCUAUUAGUGUAACUCCGUCAUCAAAACCCGCGGACCCAUUCAGCUUUCUGGAAUAUCAAAGAAAGACGUUGAAGUUGUUUGAAGUACACGGUGAUGAUACUUUUAAUCAGAACGUGUCAGACGUAAGUCCCUAUCAUCACAGAUAUUUUCUGAACCCUGAAUCAGACGCUCAUAUGCAAUAUUAUGUUUCUUCAGUUGGGGUUAGACUCUAUAAGGCGAAAAAUUUAGAUGGUUUCAAGACAACAAACGCUUUACUUAGUUAUCGCAUUAGUGGGAAAGCUAUAGUACAGUGGCUCAUGGAUUGCACCGAUAUAGUAAGACCCAAACAUGCUAUGGAGAUUGCAAACUUGUUUCUUAACCAAAGAUUUAUUACACCUUUCGGUGCCAGUGAUGCGCGGCAACUGUUUCAAAUUGAGCAACAUUAUCAGCUUGGUGACAAAGGCUUGUCCCUUUGCAUGUGGGGCAAAGCUAGCGGAAUUAAAACGGGACACUUGUCCUUUUACAAACAAAACCCAUGCAGACUGGAAGUUACUUUGGACACGAUCAUGCAAGAUCCUGGAUUAAGGUUUCAAUUCAAGUGCCACUUGGAACAGGAAUUCUGCUUGGAAAACUUUGACGCCUAUUGCCAACUACAAGUAUUUAAAGAAAAUGUGAAGCUUUGGAAUGACAUAAGGGAUAGUGGCCAACAUACUGAUGAUGACAUAUUAAGCAAGCAAAACAUACAACACCAGACUAGUCUCCGAGACACGUGUAUGUCGAUUGCCUAUCAGAUUUACAAUACCUACAUCAGUCAUGAAUCGCCAUUUGUGCUAAACAUUGAUUAUAAUUUGCGACUGCGAGUUGUCAAGUUGUUGACGCGCCUUUCCAAUGACAUGAAAUGUCAUAAGACAAACUUGGAUGCGUACAUGCAAACGCCGACUGACGAGUCUUCAAGUGAACAACUUGGCGCAAGUUAUGAAAAUUUGCGAGCCCCAAGCAGGGAAAAAUUGGCAACCGACAAGGAGGAGGAGAGAGAAAUCGAUUUGAAUCAAGUAUUGCAAAAGUUGACUGUCUUCUUUGACGAAGUCAGUGCCCAUUUAUACAGAAUGAUGGAGGGAGACUCUCUACCAAAGUUUUUGAAUAGCCUCGAUAAAGUAUAA